AUGUAUCUUGAGGCAUCUCAAUAUCAUGUUCUUUCAAAUCUAGGGUGUGGGUCUGAGCAUAUGAUAUAUAAGGUGGAGAAUAGGUUAAAUUCCGAGGUGUGUGCGAUAAAAAUUGAAAAAUCCCCAAGAAUAGGUUAAAUCGCAAAUGAGAUUGUAAUACUUAACAAAUUAAAAGGGACAGCAGGCAUUCCAGCUAUGAUAUCAUAUGGAGUCACCCCAGAGAAUAAGUAAUUAAUCGAAUAUAGCAAUUAAGAUCCUUUCUUAUUAUUCCAUUACUACAUGGUAAUUUAGGUUACAUAGCCAAAGAAGCAAUUAUCUUUGUUUUAAAUAUUAAGAGUUGGUUUGAGAAUUACUGAAAUUUUGGAAAAAGUUCAUGAUUUGAACAUUCUUCAUCUCGAUAUUAAACCAGAAAACAUAAUGAUAUCAUCACCCUUGGUAAAUGAUUCUAAAAUAUUACAACCUGAUCUUAUUUAACUCAUUGAUUUUGGAUUAUCUUAGGAAAUAAUUAGAAAUUCUAAAUUAUUGAAAGAUGUAUUUAUUGGCUCAUUAAAUUUUGCCAGCAGACAAUCGCACAAGGGAGAAUAGCUAGGUUACAAGGAUGAUUUAGAAAGUCUCUUGUAUGUUUUGGUUUUCUUAAGAAAUUGUAUGUAUUUUCUUAACCCUUAGCAACUUUGCCAUGGUUCCAAAAACCAUCUUGGGGAUGUAGGGAAGUAGACAUCAAAGUCAUUGGGAGGAUCAAGUCAUUUCAUUUUAACUCUACCUCCUUAACUCAGAAUUUUCCUUUAUAGUUUUAGGAGAUCAUGUCUUACAUAGACUCUUUGAAGUACAACAUCUUGCCAGAUUAUGGUUAUCUCAAAAGCUUAUUUAUGGAAAUGAUAAAAAAACCCUAGUGCUCGGUUUUCUAAAUAAACUAAGUAUUCGAAUCUUAGAAUGAAAUAGAGACCUCAAUUUUGAUUGAUAAUUCUAAUGAGAACAAUAAAGACGAUAUGUAUAGUGACUAAGAGGAUAUGAUAAGUUUUGAGACAAAAAAUUUUUAAAUUUGUAAAAUAAUUGGUAAAUAUUUUACCAAUUCAAUUAAAUCAAUAAGUGACAUUAAAUCUUGA